CUGCUUACGGCGCACCCCUGCAUCAUCCCCAGCCAGACCCCAGCGCACGACGGACUUCCGGUGAGACUUUGUGCACAGUAGACUAUAUAGUCUGAGUCCGAGCCCGCGCACGUUUUUCGUGGACUCUGUUUCAACAAUUCUUUUGUUUCCAAGGGAAUCGAUACAUCAUCAGCCAUGACUACCAUCCAAAAGCAAGACUGGCACCACUCGGGCUCGGGCUGCUGCAGCCCCAUUGGCACCUGCUGCAUGUCAUGGUGGUGCCCCUGCAUCCUCUACGGCAAGACCCGCCACCGCUCCAAGAAUGACGGCAACAUGCAAGGCUACUCGUGCUGCAACUCCUCCUGCAUGGCCUUCUGCGGUCUCGCCUGCUUUGGCAUCUCCUUCAUUCUCCCCAUGAUGAACCGCGGCGACGUCCGCGCAAAGUACCAUCUCAAGGGCAACGGCUGCGGCGACUGCAUGUGCGCGUGCUGCUGCACGCCGUGCGAUCUGACGCAGCAGGACAAGGAGGUCACGUACCGUGAGGAGAGCAAGCAUCUGCUGCAGGCGCAGCCGGGAAAGCAGGAGGGCAUGUACUAUGCGCAGCAGCCGCAGCAGCCACACUUCCACCACUAGACAUAUCUAGGGUGGA